GUGUCUGCAGAGAUGCAGCAGCUCCUGGCAGGGGUUCUUCUCAUGCUCAGUCUCGCCCAGCUCUGUGAGGGCACUGCCCCAGCUUUCCCUGGGGCCUUAGAGACCGCCAUCCUGCGGGACUGUAUAGCAGAGGCCAAGUUGCUGGUGGAUACUGCCUACAAUAAGACCCAGAAGAGCAUCAAGCAACGCCUUCGCAGUGGCUCAGCCAGCCCCAUGGACCUCCUGUCCUUCUUCAAACAACCAAUAGCGACCACCAGGACGGUUGUCCAGGCUGCGGAUUACAUGCACGUGGCCUUGGGGCUGCUGGAACAGAAGUUACAACCCCAGGCGUCCAGACCUUUCAAUGUCACUGAUGUGCUAAUGGAACCCCAGCUGCAGCUGCUGUCUCAGGCCAGCGGCUGUGCCCUACAGGACCAGACUGAGAAGUGCAGUGACAAAUAUCGCACCAUCACUGGGCGAUGCAACAACAAAAGGAUACCCUGGCUGGGGGCUUCCAACAAGGCCCUGGCCCGCUGGCUGCCAGCCAUCUAUGAGGACGGGCUGUCACUCCCCUUCGGCUGGACCCCUGGCAGGAGGCACAAUGGCUUCCUCCUCCCUCUUGUCCGGGCUGUCUCCAACCAGAUCGUGCGCUUCCCCUCUGAGAAGCUGGCCUCCGACCGAGGCCGGGCCCUCAUGUUCAUGCAGUGGGGCCAGUUCAUCGACCAUGACCUGGACUUCACUCCGGAGUCCCCCGCCAGAGUGGCCUUCACUGUGGGCGUCGACUGUCAGAAGACCUGUGCCCAGCUGCCCCCCUGCUUCCCCAUCAAGAUCCCGCCCAAUGACCCCCGCAUCAGGAACCAACAAGACUGCAUCCCCUUCUUCCGCUCGGCACCAGCAUGCCCCCAAAACAGGAACAAAGUCCGCGACCAGAUCAAUGCGCUCACCUCCUUCGUGGACGCCAGCAUGGUGUAUGGCAGUGAGGUCUCCCUCGCCCUGCGGCUCCGCAACCAGACCAACCCACUGGGGCUGCUGGCCGUCAACCAGCGCUUCCAUGACAAUGGCCGGGCCCUGCUGCCCUUUGACAACUUGCACGAUGACCCUUGUCUCCUCACCAACCGCGCGGCACGCAUCCCCUGCUUCCUGGCAGGUGACAGCCGAUCAACUGAAACCCCCAAGCUGGCAGCCCUGCACACCCUCUUUAUGCGAGAGCACAACAGGCUGGCCUCUGAGCUAAGACGCCUGAAUCCUCGGUGGAGUGGAGACAAGCUGUACAAUGAGGCUCGGAAGAUCGUGGGGGCCAUGGUCCAGAUCAUCACCUACCGAGACUUUCUGCCCCUGGUCCUGGGCAGGGCCCGGGCCAGGAGAACCCUGGGGCCCUAUCGAGGAUACUGCUCCAAUGUGGACCCGCGUGUGGCCAAUGUCUUCACCCUGGCCUUCCGCUUCGGCCACACCAUGCUCCAGCCCUUCAUGUUUCGCUUGGACAGCCAGUACCGGGCCUCGGCACCCAACUCACACGUCCCACUUAGCUCUGUUUUCUUUGCCAGCUGGCGAAUUGUGCACGAAGGUGGCAUCGACCCCAUCCUCCGAGGCCUCAUGGCCACCCCUGCCAAGCUGAACCGGCAAGAUUCCAUGCUAGUGGAUGAGCUCCGGGACCGGCUGUUCCAGCAGGUGAGGAGGAUCGGACUGGACCUAGCGGCUCUCAACAUGCAACGCAGCCGGGACCAUGGCCUUCCAGGGUACAAUGCUUGGAGGCGCUUCUGUGGACUCUCCCAACCCCGGAAUUUGGCACAGCUUAGCAAGGUGCUGAGAAACCAGGAUUUGGCAAGAAAAUUCCUGAAUCUCUAUGGGACACCUGACAACAUUGACAUCUGGAUUGGGGCCAUCGCAGAACCCCUUCUGCCAGGGGCCCGAGUGGGGCCUCUUCUGGCUUGUCUUUUUGAGAACCAGUUUAGAAGAGCCCGAGAUGGAGACAGGUUCUGGUGGCAGAAACGGGGUGUUUUCACUAAAAGACAGCGUGAGGCCCUGAGCCAGAUUUCCUUGUCUCGAGUUGUGUGUGACAAUACCGGUAUUACCACCGUUUCGAGGGACAUCUUCAGGGCCAACAUCUAUCCCCGGGGCUUUGUGAGCUGCAGCCGGAUCCCCAGGUUGAAUCUGUCAGCCUGGCGAGGGACAUGA